GGGGGGGGGGUGCGCCCUCCCUGUCUCUCCCUCCUCCUCCCUCCCUCCCUCUCAGCGCAGCAUCACUCUCGUUCAGUCGCAGCCACCGCCGGACCUGCGCCGCUCACUUUGUGACUCUCCUCCCCCCUCACCCCGACACCACCACCAACAACAACGACCAAAACGCGUCCAAAUUCAUUGAGAGCAGCGCAGACCGUCUCCUCCUGGCUCCAUAAACGAGCGCCUCAGUCGCCUUGUUCCUCUCCCCCUCCCCGUCCUUGCAGUGGUCGUUUUUUGUGUGCCCACUCCAGGCAUCGAACCGCCGGACUUCUCCCGUUGACUUCACAUUCUUGCAAGGAAAAAUGGGGAAACAGAACAGCAAGCUGACUCCUGAGGUGAUGGAGGACCUGGUGAAGAACACGGAGUUUAACGAGCACGAGCUGAAGCAGUGGUACAAGGGAUUCCUGAAGGACUGUCCCAGCGGCCGGCUCAACCUGGACGAGUUCCAGCAGCUCUACGUAAAGUUCUUCCCUUAUGGGGACGCCUCCAAGUUCGCACAGCACGCAUUCAGGACCUUUGACAAGAACGGCGACGGCACCAUCGACUUCAGAGAGUUCAUUUGUGCGCUGUCCAUCACCUCGAGAGGCAGCUUCGAGCAGAAACUCAACUGGGCUUUCAACAUGUACGACCUGGACGGAGAUGGCAAGAUCACAAGGGUGGAGAUGCUGGAGAUCAUUGAGGCUAUCUACAAGAUGGUCGGCACCGUCAUCAUGAUGAAAAUGAACGAGGACGGCCUGACACCCCAGCAGAGGGUGGACAAGAUCUUCUCCAAGAUGGACAAGAACAACGACGACCAGAUCUCGCUGGACGAGUUCAAAGAGGCGGCCAAGAGCGACCCCUCCAUCGUAUUACUGCUGCAGUGCGACCUCCAGAAAUAGGCGAGCAGCGCGCUCCACGCACCAGCUGCCACGGACUGCACAGAGAGAAUUUCAUGUUCCAUUCAGUUUGCAGCUAUUUCCACUGAAAAAAAAAACCAACAACAACAAAAAAAAACAACAACAAAAGAUGAAAAAAAAAUGCUUGGACUACUUCCUCUCAACGGAUCUGCUUCUUGUGUUUGAAACACUCGUGUGCAUGAGAAUGUUCAUUUGCUCUAAAAAGAUCUCUAAGCAACACAAGACAGUGUGCUUGUGCGGGAGCACACUCACACCAGACACAACAUACACACACUCAAUACAUAUGAUCAACUCGCACAAAUAUAUAUAUAUAUAUAUAUAUAAAUAGAUAUACAUAUAAAUAUAUUUAAAUUAUUUAAUGAUAAACUGCCAAAAUGUGAAGUGUGCAAAGUAUUUUCCUUACAGUUUCCUUCUACUGGAGCUCGCGCAUCGGUGAUGUGCUUCGUUGAAAUUUGUCGCUAUACUCGAAUUAUUGUUUAGCUUUUACUGACGCAUCGUCGUAUUUAAUUUAAACCGAAGGAAAAUUCCCGCAAGGAUGUACCCGUCUUAGGUCUGAAAAUAUUAGCACUAGGAGAGAUGAAACUUUUCCCUCAAAAACAAGAACAUGCUCGUCCCGUCAGUAAACACUAGAAAUGUAGUUCAUUUGCAUGCCUUUAGGUUCUGCCUUAAAAAUAUCCUUUUCAUCCGGCGACUGAAGACAGAAAGCCUUAUCAACGCAACACGGCGACUCUCAGAGAGACUUCUACUGAUUUAAAGGGGGGGGGGGGGGGGUUUGUCUAUUUGUGACCUUUUCAGACAUUUUCUUUUGACUGCUGUAACUGUGGGAGCAUGUUUCCCUGUAGAUAAGCUGUGCUGUGUGUUGCUUUAAAAACAACAACACUCUUUUCCUGUUGAAAUACACACUACAAGGCAACCUAUGCUGAAUGUGGAGGACUGCAUCGUUUUAGCAGCUACAACUAAAAACCAGCCAAAUAAAAAUGACAAAGCUGAAUUAGACUGGGAACAAAUCCCCCCCCCAACCAGCUAACAGGUUGCAUAUCAUUCCGAAGAGGAAAGGCUUGACGAAGCGUGUGCGACUUUCUCGUUUGUGUUCAUCUGAAGAGGCUAGCAAAUUCGCCCUCCUCGACCCUUUCAAAGCACUUGUCUUUUAUCAAUCAGCCUUUUUGUACUUUUUUUACUCCCUUCUUUGUGCGAGUCCAUAACCGUGGAGACGCUGGGUGAAGUGUGGUACCUCCUAAGAACGACUUCAAUAGCUUUGCUUGACCUUGAUAUAUUGCUAAACUGCACUCGUAGAAACAUUGUCGUACAGUCUCGUGGGGGGGCGGGGCAAAUAAAUAAGGAAAUCACUCCAGUCCAUCACUGUCCCUCAGUGGUGUUGAUCGUCUCCGUCCGGCUUCAGAUCUUUCCAUCUUUUCUUCCAGCCGUUGUUUCCGAUUACGACUAUUAACACUAUUGUUGCUGAUCAGAUACCAAAUGUAAGCGAUGGCGACUCUGUACAAGGAUCCUUUUGUAGCAUGUAUUGUGUCCCUAAUGACAUGGCUGCACUACUCCCCUGUGUUGUGAUUUAAUCAAAUAAAAGGAACUCUAUGGGC